CCCCAACGAGAUUCUGAAGUCAACUAUCGGAAGUUAUCCCCUACUCACACGCUCCAGAAUUCUUCAGAUUCAUUCACCGAACUCUUCUUUCUUUCACCUCUCCCUUGUCUUAGGUAGCGGAAGAAGAUGUGAAGAGGGAAUGAUUUCGCCACUCAUAUGCAGAAUUGAAGGGAAUGCAGGGCGCUUUGUUUGAUCAGCUAAAAAUUCAGGAUGAUGGAGUUGUGUCAUAGUGGGUGGGCUGAAACGUGGAGAUUAUUUCCAGAACUGUUAAGGAUGCAACCGCUUUAAAAAACUGCUAUGUGCCAUGCGUGUCUCACAGGAUUUAAACUAUUUAUUUAUUUUGUAAAGAUAAUAAUAAGCAAUGGUAUGUACAGGCAAAACAUGAUGAUGUGGCAGAAGCCGUUCUAGGCGGGAACAGUUCAUUGAUAGACGAUCUUCAUUUAUAUAUAUAUAAAGAUUAGACAACCUCGCUGACAUUACGAAAACUUGAAGAAACUGAUUUUUCAGAAAUGGCAAUGCGGAUACUCCUUCGAAGGCAAUUUUUCACCCGCUUUCAGUCAUUCCCACCCUCAUACAACUUUUCUUACUCCUUCACUCAAAAUUUUAGUUCCGAUCACCGGCGAAAGCUGCACCGUUCUCACCACUCAUCGGUACUGCCAUCUUCUUUUGCCACUGAUAAGCAGUUUCUAGCGCCUUUCCGAUUCAAUUUCUUCGCUCGUUCGUUCUCAACUCGCGAGCCCUCCUCAAUCGCAGAUCAUCCGCUGAAAGAUGGGAAUUUUCCGGCUCCCCAACCCUUUAAGGGGUCUGAUAUGUUUAUUGGCGGCGGCGCACUUGAUACCAGAAGUUUUGAAGACAUGUUUCUUCCAAUUGGUGGUUUAAUUUCGUUGCUGGACGGCUACCACAAUAUCACGGGGUUCCCAUGGUGGAUUAUUAUAGCUUCUGGGACAUUGGCAAUGCGACUUGCAAUAUUUCCAUUUAUAAUACUGCUAAUACACAAGAUACGGACAAUUGGAGAGAUAUUACCAAAACUGCCCCCUCCAAUUCCACCGAACAAGUUAAGGAGGAGUUUCAAAGACCAAUUAAAAUUCUUCAUGCGAGAGAAACGAACAGCUGGAUGCCCUUCAUUUGUAUGGUUCAUUGCAGCUAUUAUCCAGGUCCCCUAUUUUCUGCUAUGGCUCACAACUAUAAGAAGAAUGUCACUUGAUUGUCAUGAUGGCUUUGAUAGUAUUUUACUCCAUUUACCAAAUUCUCUUAAAGGUUUGACCUGUAUAACAAACGCCAAAAGAUCAUAACCAGACAUGGGGAAGAUAAUUGUGUCUGCUUUGGCAUGCAACCUUGGGUCUAUACUCCAUAAGAGAUUAAAAGUUUAAUGUUUCAAUAUCGUUUUGUCAAGAACAAAUUAUGGCUCAAUAUGCAACCUUGGCAGUGGGUUUUCAAAGGGGGGAACUCUAUGGUUUCAGAAUUUGACAGAACUUCCAAAUGGUACUUUAGGCCUCAUAUUCCCUUUGCUGGUUGCUGGCUUGUAUUAUACUAACAUUAAGGUUUCUUUUCAGAAUGUGUCCAGCGGGACCAUGAGCGAAUUUGCCAAGUUCUACAAGUUUUAUCUGGAAAUUAUGACACUACCAACAAUGUUCAUUGCAUUCUAUAUUCCCCAGGGGAGCUUAAUAUGUUGGGUUACAAAUAGCUCAUUGAGUCUUCUUCAGCUUUAAGCCAUCCAGAUGUUUGCAAGAAAUUGGGGCUACCUGGUCAGGAUGCUUCUGCAUUAGCCACAGAACGGAAAGGUAAAUCUGAGAUAAUGGAAAUAUAUGUGCCGAGCGAUUUGCGUGAGAUACUUUCUGAGAACCCAUCUCCUUCAGAAAUGGUUCAACUUUCUAGCAAAUUCUUAGCAAAGGAUCAGAAAGAUGUGGCUCUCCCACUUCUGCGACUUGCUCUUAACAAGGAUCCCGAGCACAUUAGAGCUAUGGCUGUUCUGGGGCAGGCACUAUUGCAUUAUGGCUACUUUACAGAAGCUAUUGAAUACUUAGAGCACGCUAUAUCUAAGCUGCUCCGUAAUGGGCCUCCAACAGGAGUUGAGGAUGUUAAUCUUUUGAUCCUAUCAUCUGAAUGGGCAGGUGUAGCUUAUGCACGGCAGGGAAAAUUCGAUGAGAGUAUCGUACAUCUGCACAGGAUAACAAAGAUGAAGGAGCCAGAAGAUUCAAACACAAAAGCUAAUUACUAUGAAGCUUUGGUUGUAUUCUCAAGUGUUUUGUACAAUGAGGGAUGCAAACUUGAAGCCAUCAAUUGUUUGCGGAAAGCAGUUGCCUAUGAUGAGUCUUACAGACAUUUCCUGGAACUAUGGGAAAAAGAUGUGUGUGAGGAAGAUGAAUUUGUUAGGAACCUAGUCAAUAGUCGGAGAGCAGAUUAUUGAGUUUCGAUUUUGAAACAAUGUAUAGUAUAUUUAAUAGGAUUUCUUUUACCAUUUCAGUGUAUGUAAUAUGAACAUUUGUUUGUUAUAAACUGGCCUCUUCAGUCCUUCAGUUUAUACUGGGAAUCUUGUCACCAGACAUUGCAUUACGAACUGUGAGGAAGUUACUUGUCAAGCCAUUUGGUUUCUCUUCCUCUAAGUUUACUGUCCGAGUAAACAAGCUAAUGGAUGUUCUAUAAUCUAUAGGAACUAGGAGCUGAGUGUCAUAUGAGGGAAAAUAAUAUUGCUCUCCAAAUUCCAAAGGAAUUUAAAGGAGUGUGAGUUAAGUAUCCUAAAUUUGCAUAUAUAGUAUUUAUACUCUGAACUUUAUAUAAAAACAUAUUUGUG